UGCAAGGAUCUUGACGAGUGCACUUCGAGGAAACAUCAAUGCAGUCCGCAUGCCCAUUGCAUCAAUACAAUUGGUUCUUUUACGUGCAGAUGCAAAAGUGGUUACCAGGGCGACGGUCUAAAAUGCGAAGACAAACUGGAGUGCAAAGAACCGUCGGUUAGAAUAAAAAAUUAGAUGGACGAUCUGGACGAUUUUCUUGCAAAUGCAGAUAUGGUUUCUGGGGAGAUGCAACAAAAAAAUGUGAAGGUAAAAGAGCUUUUUCUUUGGCAAGUUUUGAUAGAGUAAUUUUUUCCAUGAAAAUCCUGAUGGUGUUAUUACUGGUGUUUUAUACAAAAUUAAUAAUUUUUCGCAUGUUUCAGGCAUAACCGGGAUCUCCGUGAGGAAAAAAUAACUCCCGUUUAAAUGGCGAGUGGAAUUUUUGACUAUUAUUUCUUUUUGCUGUCUUUUAAGUAACAAGAAUAAGAAUGAUCUGAAAAAUACUCGAAGCAAGCUAGUCAAUUAUCAGCCAGGAAGUCAGCCUAAAAUCAGAAAAAUCUUUCAAACUGAAUUUCAGAAACUUUUUUAAUAAGUUGACGAUUCCCUAAACUAUUGUUCCUAAUAAGAACUUUACAAAAUAUCUUACUGGACAACAUAAUAUGCGACCUGCCAUCAUAACAGGAAAACUAGACAUGCCCCUUUCAUAAAUAUUAACUUGUCAAAUAUCCCCAUAAAUAUAUCAAUAUAUUUGCAGUAGUUCUUUCUUACCUCGCUCAGAAAAUCUAAUUCAUUUAGUAGCCAAGGAUGAAAAAGUCACGGCAGUAAUGACUUGAUCGGGAUGAGUUAACAUAAAAACAUAUCCAAGUCACAGGCUCCUCGGUAAACAAACGUAGUGAAACAUGACUUUACUACAACUACAAAAGAGUAACAAGUUGCGCUUUCCCAGCAACUGCCAGAAUGAAAUAAACAGAUCCUUUUUUGUUUCUUUCAGAAUCUGCCCGAGUUAUCUGAACUAUUUUUAGUGCUAUUUUAUUUCCAAACCAUUGAUUAAUGGCUUUAGUGUUCUAGCACUACAUGUACCUUACUAACAACACUAAUUGCAAUUUCUGCUAACACCUGAAACACUGGAGUUUACUCCAUAAUAAAGCUAAGUGAGAACAUGGGGAAUCGGAAAAGGACGGAAUGUUGGGAGCCCGCAAUACGCCUUUUUAGCGAAAGGGACAUUUCAUUCCACAAUAUACAACGUUACUUUUGGAACAUCCAAGAUGGCGGACGUUAACAGGUUCACUUCGUAGAGUUAGUGACGAUUUUGCUACAAACCUUAGUCGUUCGUACCGAUUCAUCUGCCUUCAAGCUUUGAUUAAUCGCUCAGUACAUAAAAGUAGGCUCUACGGAAUCUGAAGAGUUCUGGUCGCCAACGCUAACUUUUGAAUCUUGGUCGCCAGCAAGGUAAACUUAGGCCCGGUUCAGACGCCGAACUUUUCACGAGCCGAACCUAAUACAUUGCAUUAAGUACAUGAAAAUUCGGCGUCUGAAUCAAUUUGAAACAGGUCAGCCGUUUUUUUCGCCUAGUCCGGCUGGGGAAUUUCGCCUUUGGAGCGACUUUGGAACGGCUUUGAUUCAGACGCCGAACUUUUCACGUACCGAACCUAAUGCAUAAAUUAUUACAACGUAUUUUGAAAGCAGUUUCACCGAAAUGAGCAUUUUUCUUCUUUUGAAUUUAGUUCGGAUGGAAUGAAGACUGGCGUCUGAGUCAGUUCAGCCAGUCUAAAUAAGUUGGGAGGCCUUAAUUUGAAUUAGGUCCGGCUCAUGGAAAGUUCGGCGUCUCAACCGGACCUUAGGCGCAUUGGCGACUGUAUCGAGCGUAAUUUCGUGCCCUGUUUAAAUAAUUAUUAUUUAAUAUGUCAUUAUUAUUAUUAUUAUUAUUAUUAUUAUUUUUAACAGCGCAGACACCUUGUCUGAGAGCACUACCCCAUUGCGAUGUCCCGAUUAAAGCUGAGUGCAGACAUUUACCUGAUAACACAUUCGAGUGUGUUUGCAAGCCUGGUUUCACUGGGGAUGGUUUUCUUAUAGAAUGUGUCGGUAAAUAACUAAAAAAUCUAAACGUUUUCCAUUUGAUUAGUUAACAAUACAGAAAAAACACCUGCAGAGAACAGGGAGCAUGAGGAAAUAUUUUCAAUUGUUUCUCAUUUACUAUGCAGUCUUCUACUAUUACCUCAUUUUAUCUUCUUUUUCUUCUAAAACUACAAUGUACCUGAAACCCAACAUCUUCGUAGCACAUUAGUAUGUCUUAUUACCUUCUAUAAAUUUCCUUAAAAUCAGAAACCAUUUACUGGACAGAGCGCUAAAAAUUCAGGUAACUUGCCAAGUUUGAAAGUGGUAGGUCUAAACCUUCAGAUGUACAAUGGGGAAGUCGUUGCCACCCCUCUGACGUUUUUCUGAGUGUUUUUUUUUUCAUAGAAGAUAAAACAUCUCACCUGACGUUUUCAGUAGCUGUUCAUUUAUCCCUUGCAUGCAUGUUAAGACCCAUUUAGUGAUGGCCAGUAACUAUGGUUACGAGAUAUGAUGUCGUAAAAAGCUGGUUGUCAAGCCAUUUUUGAGUGAAUUUGCAUGUUUUCUCAUUUUUCAACAACAGAAGUUAAUAAUGUGGAUAGAAUAAUGCAAAGUGCUUAUUUAUGUGUUAUUUUAUAUGUCAAACACAAAAUACUACCACUUCCGUGCAGUUUGAACCUGAUUUCUAAUUCUUGGUAAAAUCCAAGAUGGUGGCCAAGAUGGCAAUUAUUAUUGGUGACAUCACAGGCUUUCAGUUGCACUACCAGCCAUAAAAUAUACUUCAUCUUGUUGAAAAGAUCACAGGCUUUCCACUGAGGGCAAAAUCGUUUUGAAAUACUGCAAUAUCAAAACCUCUAGGAAGGCAUUUAUCAACCCCCUCCCCCUUGUACCAAGGGGGGGGGGGGUUGAAUUUACGUGUAUGUCCAUGGGUUGAUUGAGCAGAGAUAUAGCUCCCCAAAGUUGUGUAAAUUUACUCAGACGUUUUCAUGGUGAGGGCAAGUUUGUGCCCGCAUGGAUUUCUGGGAAACUGCCCACCCACCCCUCCCCUAAGUCAACAUUAACACUAACCUCUUACUAAGGGCAAAAUGUUGGAUUAGGGGAGGGGUAGGUAGGCAGUUUCCCAGAAACCUAAAUUGGUCCGUUUGCCUGUACACUGAAAAUUUCGUGACUUAAUGAGAAGCUAUAUCUUUGUUAGUUUUUGAAAAAUCACUUUCAAACGUGGUAGUUUUAGUCAUUUAAAGGUCCUUUUUAUUGCGGAGUUGACAGAUUUUCACUAACUAGUACAUAAAGUUGAAAGUACUGUAAAAAUGUCGAGACGAGAAUGACCCUAAAGCUAUACUUUCAACGACGUCAUAACACUUUAAACCUUCCAUUUUACCUUUAAGACGUGGAUGAAUGUCUGAACAAGGAAGAUUAUUGCUCAAAACAUGCUGUCUGCUCCAACCUUUUGGGUUCAUUUUCAUGUCAAUGUAAAGAUGGUUUCAAGGGAAAUGGAUUUGAAUGUGAAGGUAAACCUUCUUUUGUUUGGCAGGUAAUUUUUUGUAGCUUAGUAUGGCUCGGUUAGAUUUUCUUUGGGUAGAGAUGUAGUCUUCUUUAUAAGUUAUGCGAAGAAAUCCAUUCACAGUAAAGUUUCAAAAUAGCUUAUGAUAUUUCCCAUUUAUAUGAAGAAACGUUUUCCCAGGAGAGAGUGUCACCCACCUAGCUGAGUCAACAUUUUUAUGAUAAAAAAGUUGACCCAGUGCCAGAGCUAAAAUCACAUAACAAUACUUGUGCAAACUCUGGUCAUUUUGCCUUGUCAGAGUUAAUCCAUCUACGCUAGCUAAAUUGUUUGUAUCACUGUAUAAGGAGAAAAUGUGGGCCGGCUAAGGGAGUAACCUUAUUAUCGAAAAAAAAAGAAAAAAAGAAAAGUUAUCUGAGGCGACCCACCUUAUUCCUGUAGUUUCUAUCUGAACUAACGGUAGCUCGGGUAGGCAAGUUACUAUUUUAUCUGUCUACCUUUUUAUAGCCAAGGUCUUAGUUUGAUCCUUUUGCUUCAUCCCCAUGAGUCACUAUAAAUUAUAAUUUGUUUCAUUUAAAGAUAUAAAUGAGUGUGACAGUAACAACAACAAAUGCCCUCCAAACUCUAACUGUGUUAAUACCAAUGGUUCAUUCACUUGCAAAUGCCAGUCCGGUUUUACAGGUGAAAAUCCACAUAAGGAAUGCUUAGCUAAGUCAUUAUGA